AGAUUUAUCCUCUCAGUGGGUUGGAGCCUGUAAGCAGGUGCAGCUUGGAUGGAACAGUGAGCAAUGCCUACCACACCACUACAGCAGGUUGGCAGCAGGGGGCGCCGUGCGCUUCACCCACUCUUGCUCCUCUGUGCCCUCUUCCUCCUGGCACUCGCGCCCACACCGGGCAAGGCUGCCAUCCACAUUCCAGACAACUAUCAAGUAAAAGAACUUAAGAAGCCUCCAGAGAUCACUGCCCAACCUGAGUCCAUCAAUGCCUUCUCGUCGGAUGAAAUUACGCUCACCUGUGAGGCCACUGGAAAUCCUCCGCCCACAUAUCGAUGGGUAAGGAAUGGAACGGAAUUUGACCCAUCGGUCAUAUCUGGUAUGGCCGUGUCCUCAGAUUCAGGGAGCUUCACUAUCAAGGACGCACCUAUAAAUGAGGUCAGGGGCAAAUACAGCUGCUAUGCAUCGAAUGAGCUCGGCACGGCUGUGUCUAAAGAGGCUUAUGUUAUCACUGAAGAAACUCCUUCAAUACAAAAGGAGAAUAAGGAGGAGAAGAAGGUCAUUGAGGGAAGUUCUGUAGUAUUACAGUGCAACUCUCCAAACAGCUCUGUCACCCCCCUCAUUCACUGGAUGGACCGGAAGCUGAAGCACAUCCAGCAGAGUGAACGGGUGAAUCAGGGUCGAGAUGGAAACCUCUACUUCUCCCACGUGACCAUGGAGGACAGCAGGAACGAUUACACCUGCAAUGUUCAGUUUGUGUCCGCCCGCAUCAUCAUGGUCAAAGAGCCCAUCACCCUAAAGGUUGAGAAAUCUAACUCAAUGCGGAACAGACGUCCACAGAUGAUGAGACCGAGUGGUAAACACAGUUCCUAUACAGUACUGAGGGGUCAAAGCCUGGAUCUGGAGUGCAUCGUCCAGGGCCUCCCAACUCCCUUAGUUAAGUGGGUAAGGAGAGACGGAUUGCUCUCUGAAUCUCGUACAUCUAAGGAGAGCUUUAACAGGCUGCUGCGUUUCACCAACAUUACAGAACGGGAUGAUGGCGAAUACCAGUGCACUGCCAGCAACUCGCAGGGCGUCGUCACACACACGUAUACCGUCACUGUGGAAGCUGCACCAUAUUGGAUCAAGGAACCAGACAGUGAACUCUAUGCUCCAGGAGAGACAGUAAAAUUGGAGUGUCAGGCAGAUGGAAUCCCGACACCUACACUGACCUGGAGCAUCAAUGGAAAUCUUAUCUCUGAUGUGGAUCCAGACUCCCGGCGUACAGUAAAGGGAGGAACCCUCAUACUGAAAGACGUGAAGCUCUCUGAUACUGCUGUGUACCAGUGCCAGGCCUCCAACAAGCAUGGCAACAUUCUCAUUAACUCCUAUGUCUAUGUCAUUGAUCUGCCAGCACAAAUCCUGACGAAGGAUAAAGAGCUGUACAGUGUAGCAGAGGGACAGACGGCUGAGCUGCACUGUGAAACCUACGGGUCUCCCCGGCCCAAGAUCACAUGGAAAGGUGAAUCCUGGGACUCUGUGAUGUCUAAUCCUAGAAUGACUCAGCUGAACAACGGUACUCUGCAGAUACACAGUGUGUCCCAGAAUGAUACCGGCAUGUACACCUGCUCAGUGAAUGAAGUCGAACUCAACAUCACUGCUGAGCUGAAGGUUCACAACCGGACAGUGAUUGUUGAGGCACCACAUGACUUGCAUGUUCAAAGGGGGAAAACGGCCACCUUUACCUGCCAGUAUCAGAUGGACAGCAAUCUGAAUCCACCACAAAUCCAAUGGAGGAAAAACAAACAGAAGCUGUAUGAGUACUCUGAUGGAGACCGGUACAUAAUUGAUGGGUCAGAGCUGAUAAUAAAUGAUGUCAUGGACGAUGACGAGGGCGUUUACACUUGCGAGGUGAUAACAAGUCUGGACAUGGCUAAAGCGAGCGGCUCCCUCACUGUCGUCGACCGCCCUGAACCUCCUUCCCAGCUACAGAUUACCCAGCCUGGAGAUCGCUCAGUUACCCUCUCCUGGACUCCUGGAGUUGACAACAAGAGCCCUAUACUAGGGUACGUGGUGGAAGUCGAGGAAACAAGCACUGAUCGAGGAGAUUGGGAGGAGAUUAAGCGUGAGUCUGGAUCCUCUGAGCGCACUGUGCUUACUCUUAGACCAUUCCUCUCGUACCGCUUCAGGGUCAUCGCCAUCAACAAGGUCGGCAAGAGUGACCCAAGCAAGGAAACAGACUCCUACUCCACUCCUGCGGCUCGGCCAGACAGUAACCCUGAAAAAGUGCGCAGUGAGUCUGUAGACCCAGACACACUCGUCAUUAUGUGGAAGGAGAUGGACCAGAAGAGCUUUAAUGGUCCGGAUUUCAGCUACAUCGUCAUGUGGAGGAAGGUUGUAGGCAGCGGGCCAUCUUGGCACUCCAACUUUACCACUUCACCGCCUUUUGUUGUCACUAAUGUUGGCGACUUCAGUGCAUUUGACAUCAAGGUGCAAGCUGUUAAUGAUCUGGGAGAGGGGCCAGAACCCAAAUCUACCAUUGGCUACUCUGGAGAGGAUUAUCCAUUAGAGGCUCCGCUGAAUGUUGGGGUGGUUCUGCUGAACAGCACUGCUGUCAGGGUAACGUGGGCACCAGUAAACAGAGAGACUGUGAGAGGACAUCUGAUGGGCUACAAGAUCCGCCUGGUGUACAGUGGACUCCACAGCAACCAUCACCACCGGCAAAAGCGCAUAAAGAAGGAAAGUCAGCCACAAAGUGAGAUUGUGGUAACAACUGGGGCUAAUGAGGAGAAGAUAGAAAUAGGAGGCAUGCAGCCAUACUCCUUAUAUUCUCUCACGGUCAGUGUCUUCAACAGCAAAGGAGAUGGUCCAGAGUCAGAACCUAGACCCUUUCAGAUGCCCGAAGGAGUUCCUGGUGCUCCUACGUCACUGUUUUUGAACAGUCCAUCAGAAACCGAGAUGAAACUGCACUGGACUAAACCUGCACAAGAAAAUGGAGUUCUGAAAGGAUACAUAGUCCAGUACCAACAGUUAGACAAUGUGGACAGUCCCAUGCAGGAGGACAAGAUUGAAGACCACAGUGUGAACGAGUUCACCCUUAAAAAUCUGGAUCCUCGCAGCCAUUACCGUUUCUAUCUGCGGGGAUUCACCGCAGCUGGAGAAGGCUUGCCUAUUGUCAGAGAAGGAGCCACAAUACUUGAUAGAGGUCCACCACAGAAGAUCAGUCUGUCUGCUGGAGAGACGUCACUCAAUCUAAGCUGGGUUACUAAUGAGAGACAUAGGAGCGUGGAUUUUCAUAUUAAAUACCUGAAUAAGGACGAUGGUCGAACGUGGCAGCAGUCAGAGAAAUUAAACUCGUCUCAGUCCUUUUACUCGCUGCAGGGUUUAAAACCCGGCACACAGUACCGACUGGAAUUUGUAGCCAGCAGUGGCAUCUUCUGGGAGACUGACAUUUCGACAGAGGGUUCAGGAGUGGCGCAGCAGAAGAGCUUUGCAACUGAGGGCUGGUUCAUCGGAAUCAUCUGUGCCCUUGUGCUGCUGUUACUAAUACUUCUUAUUCUGUGUUUUAUCAAACGCAGUAAAGGUGGAAAAUACUCGGUAAAAGAGAAGGAGGAGGACCAGGUGGAUUCGGAGGCCAGGCCGAUGAAGGAUGAUACGUUUGGGGAGUACAGAUCGCUUGAGAGUGACAAUGAGGAGAAGUGCACAGCCAGCCAGCCGUCCCUGUGCGAGAACAGCAAGCUGUGCAGCAGCGAAGGAGGCCUGGACUACAGCAACGGUCACAGCGUCCAGACGGACGUGAUCAUAGACGACUCUCUGGGGAGCCAGUACAGCGCAGACAGAGAUGGGCCACUCAACCCUGCCACCAAUAACGGCCUGCCCAACUCUGGUGCCAUCCUCGAUUAGGGUGGUGCACCAGCUAAUUGUCACACCUGCCCAUUUUCUUGUAUACAAAAGACUGACAAACAAUCAA